AUGGCAGCAAGGAACAGGCACCUCAACUCUCUCCUGCUGCUGAUGCUGCCACUGCUAGCCGUGGUACUAGCUGGUAAAACGCCUGAUGGUGGCAGUGCGGAGAGAGGACUCGUGCCCACGGAGCCGACGGCCACGAUCAAACUGCGGGGAGGAGAUGCAAGCGGCGGCCGGCUCCUCGCAUCCUCAAACCUUCCAGCCCAUGGAUCUUCCGCAUAUUCUUCCCCUUCCUCUCCCUCUCCACGAAAAUCCCAAUCAUCGCCACGUUCACUACCCUCUGCCGCCGCGGCCAUCGAAUCCUUGAUCCGCGGCCCCCCCUGCUCCUCCAAGUGCCCCUUGGGCUAUGAGUUCGAGCCUGUCGCCUCGGGCCUAAAGGACGACCUGCAUGGCACCGUGCUGGUUCUCCUCGAUGACGUACCCGCUGCAGACACAGACACAGACGCAGACACAGACACAGGCGCAGACACAGACACAGGCACAGACGCCGGCACAGACGGGGCAGCACAGGGCGGGGCUGGCGGCAAGGGUGAUAGGCGGACUGGCAGUGCUGACAGUGGGGCUGGCGAGGAGAGUGGGGAGGACGAGGAUGAUAGGGGGCUUGGGAACGGGCGUGGUGGAGGUGAUUUGGAGGAGGUUGAGGAGGAGACUGAGAGAAAUAAUAGUUGGGCGGAUGAGUUGAUGGAGCAGGGGCAAGCGCAGGGACAAGGGAAGGGGCAGGGACAAGGGAAGGGGCAGGGACAAGGGAAGGGGCAGAGGCAGGGGCAGGGGCAGGGGCAGGGGCAGGGGCAGGGGCAGGGGCAGGGGCAGGGGCAGGGGCAGGGGCAGAGGCAGGGGCAGGGCAAAGGACAGAGGCAGGUGAAGAAGCGGAGUUGCAAAUGCGUGGAGCCUUUCCUCGUGUCGCUGCGGUUCUCCAUCUGCUCCUCCAACAUCACCCUCAACCCCCGCCUCAACCCCGCCCUCUCCUCCCCACCCGGCCGCCCUGCCCCAGUUCCUCCACCAUCCCCUUUGUCGUCCGAUCCCCCACCCGCGCCUGACAGGCGGGCGGCGGACACUGGCACCUUCUUCCCGUGGUUCAAACCCAAAGGGCGCAAAGACCCGCCCCGGUCACAGCUAGACGAGGACGACGAUGAUCAGAGCGUUUCUUUUCAGCGCGACAGGCAGGGCAGGGCAGGGCAGCAGGGGGGUGAUGCAGCAGGGCGGGGCAGUGCUCCCCCGGCAGCCAUGCCCCUCAACCUACCAGAGCUCGAAUACCACUGCCUGCCGCUGCUGGCCCCCCCCUCCCCGCCCCUCUCCACUCCUCCCUCGCGAAACCCGCCUGCCACUGAGGCAGUGCGGAAUGCGACAACAGCAGCAGUGGCGACGCUGUUUGCGCCGCCAGCCCUCGCGCGCUUCGCAGGGAGCCUCAUGGUGCUGCUGGCACAAAACAACGCCGCCACCGCCGUGGCCGUCACUCCCGUCGGCCUCAGGGGCGUGGAUCUCGCCAUCUAUCCCCGCCUCGGCUUCGACGGCUUCCUCCCGGAAGAGGAAAAGGCGAUGUGGAGGCGUCUGGCACGCAUUGGCAAGGGCGUUUACGACCUCGGGCCGCGUGGUCCUGGUGCAGUGCAGAACGGUUCUGUGGGUUCUAAUUCGUGGGAAGAAAAGAUACCUACCGGGCCUUCUCUCUUCAGGGUGUUCUUUGAAUUGGUCUAUGUUACGCUGCCCAACAACAGCAGGAGCAGCAACCGCAGCAGCAACGUCACUGGCAACACCGUCACCGUUUCUGAUGACCCUUAUGCUGCUGCGGCUGGAGCACCCCCUGUGGACGGCUGGCCUGUAUCAACUGCGGAUUCUUCCAGUAACAGCAGCAGGAGCACUGCUGAUUCUGCUCCGUCUUCUGGCCUUUCCACUCCCCUCAUUGUAGCCAUUUCUCUCGCUGCCGCAGCUGCUACCGCCACUGCCGCCAUUGCUGCUGUCCUGCUCUUCUGCCCCACCUCCUGCUGUGGCGGCAGGAGGAAGCACCGCAGGAGUGACAGCUCGAGCAGCAGCGGUGGCAAGGGCGGGGGGAAGCUGUUUGGGGCGAAUCUGCGGGUGUUUGGAGGGAAGGGGCUCGAUGGAGGGAUGGUGAAGCUGAAUGGUUUCCGCAAGGCGCUUGGAAGCAAAGCCUUUGCUCGCCUCAUCCCUGACCCAGAAGCCAUCCUCGCUACAGGCGCACUCGACAUAAGCUACGCCGCCAUCGAGGCCGCCACGCACCGCUUCAGCGAGAAGAACCUUCUGGGAAGGGGCACGUUCGGGCGCGUGUACAAGGCCACUCUGCCCAAUGGAAUGAGGCUUGCUAUCAAGAGGCUCGACCUGUUGGUUGCUGGGGGAGACGUGGGCCGAGGGGGGGGCGCCGGAGGAGGGCGAGGGGGAGGCCAAGCAGGGGUGUCCAGGGAAGCUGCCAGGAAGCUGUUCGUGCAGCAGGUGGAGGCUCUUUCACUCAUGCGCUGCCCCCACGUGGUGCCUCUGCUGGGUUACUCCACAGAUGGAGUCAGUGCCGUGCUGGCAUAUGAGUUUGGGCCCAACGGCAGCCUGCACGACCACCUGCAUGGCUCAGGCCGAUUAGACUGGGCACACAGGGUGAAGAUCGCAGUUGCCGUAGCCAGGGGCCUGCAGAGCCUGCACCAGCGCCUGGUCCCCAUCGGCCCCGCCUCGCCCCUCUCCCACCCCCAUGAAGCCACUGCCUCCCAGGACCCAUCCCACAUGCAGCACCCAGGAGGAGCAACCGGCCAAGCAGCUUCAUCUACCUCACCUUACACCACAAACCCCGGCUACGGCUCCAACCCCACUGCCCGCCUCACGCCCCCCGAUGUCUCUUCUGACUCUCUACAGAACAGUGCUUUUGCCUCUCCCCAUAGUUCCCUGCCCUCGUCCCUCAGCGGCUCCCCCCACAAGCUGGACACGCUGCAGGAGAGCCCGCUGGAAGGGGAAGGGGACGGGGAGGGGGAGGGGUAUGGGGACGGAGAGGAGGAGUUUCUUGUCUCUGUGAGCCAGGGGAAUGGGGGUGGCGAUAGCGAUAGCUACAGCAGCAGUGGGGAGUUUGAGAGUGGGGUGGGGAGUGGUGUUGGUGGGGUGGGGAUGGAUGGGGAGGAGGGGGAGGGCGAGGGCGGUGGGGGGAAGGAGGAGGUGGUGGUGAGGGACGGGCGGCGAUGGGUGCGGGCAGUGCAUGCAAACCUUAAGAGCGCCAACGUGCUGCUUGACAACCAGGGGAAUGCUAAGGUCACUGACUACUGCCUCUCUCGACUGGCGGAGGACGCUCUUCCCACCAGGCGGGGCGGCAGAGCCACUGGCACGUUCGGGUACCUCGCACCAGAAGGGGUGCUGUUCGGUGUGAACACGCAGCGCAGUGACGUGUACAGCUUUGGGGUGAUCCUACUGGAGCUCAUCACAGGGCGAAGGCCCAUCGACCUCUCCAAGCGACCCGACGAGCAGUCCCUCGUCUCAUGGGCCGUGCCGCUCAUUGACCGGGAUGAGACGCUUGCCAUUGCUGACCCGGCCUUGCGGAACCGCUUUCCACCAACCAGCUUCCACCACUUGGCUACUGUUGCUGCAGUGUGUGUGCAAUCUGAGCCGUCCUUCCGGCCAACGAUGACACAGGUCCUUGGAUCGCUGGUCCCUCUCAUUGACCUCGCCGAGCAGUGGAAGAGCCAGGGGAAGCCACAUGCCGGGCCCCUCAAGUCUGCUUCUCCGCCCUCAUCUGGUUUGACAGAGAAUGUCUCGGCGGCCCUGCUUGUCCAACAGCAGCAGCAGAUUUACCGGCAGGGCCACGCGAACGAGGCGGCGGACGGUAACGAUAACGGCGACGACGAUCCGCUGCCGGUGGGGCUGGGCGCGCUGGACUGGGCGUUCAACAUGCUGCGCUGGUGCCCCGCCAGCGACCUCGAGCUGCGAUCGUGCGAAUGUCGCCUGCUCUCGUUCGUUAGGACCCCGCAUCGCGUGAUCCAAAUCGACAUCGGCCACCCGCCGGCCGUCCGCAAGAAAGCCACCGUCUGGCCGUCAGAAAAUCCGCUGGAAGACACCCUGUCGUGGGGCUGGCAGAAGGCGGCGGAAACCGACGGCGGAAGCGGCGGCGGCGGAAGCGGGGGCGCAGGCGACGGCGACGCGGCGGAGAACUGCUUUAUCAACACGCUGGUGGUGGGGGCGACGACGUGCCGCGGCGACGGGCGCGGCGACGAGGAGGAGAUGAACGGGAAGCCGAACCUGGUGAUGAUCCACGGGUACGCCGCCGCGCUCGGUUUCUUCUUCCGCAACUACGACGCGCUCGCGGAGCACUUCAAUGUCUACUCCAUCGACCAGCUCGGGUGGGGAGCUUCCAGUCGCCCCACAUUCACACCAGCUUCUCCGGAAGGUAAGCACACCCCCAUCAAUCCCCCUGUCGUUUCCCCACACACUCCCCCCCUCUCUUCCACCUCACUCCCCCUUCAUUCCCCUCCUCACUUCUUCCUCACUCCCCCCUCACUCCCCCCUCACUCCCCUCUCACUCCCCCUCAACUCACCGCCCUGUGCACGCACCCACCAGAGGCGGAGACAUGGUUCGUGGAGGCGGAGGCAUGGUUCGUGGAGGCACUGGAGGCGUGGCGCAAGGAGAUGGGGCUGCGACGCUUCGUGCUGCUCGGCCACUCCUUUGGAGGCUUCGUUGCCUCUAGAUACGCGCUCAAGUACCCAUCCCGGGUGCUCCGUCUGGUGCUGGUGGGGCCGGCGGGCUUCAGCCACGAGUCGGCCAAGAUGCAGCUCUUCCGCUCCACCUGGAAGGGCUUUGUCUUCCAGUGCUACUGGGACACCAACAUCCCGCCGCAGCAAUUCAUUCGUCGGGACAUUGUGAAGACCGCAACCACACAGCGAUGGUCCGACCUGCCACCACCACAAGAGAACAUGACCCCCGAGCAAGUCGACGCCUUCUGUGACUGCAUAUACCAGACGCUCUCAGCCCCCAUGAGUGGCGAGCAAUGCAUCAAGUUAUCACCUUCCCUCACGCCUUUCCCUCUUGUGCUGUUAUUCCCCACGCUCUCCCCACCCCACCCGCCCCCCCCCCCCCCCUCUUUUCCCCCACCCCCGCCAGACUACAUAUACCAGACGCUAUCAGCGCCCAUGAGUGGCGAGCAGUGCAUGAAGUUUAUCUUCUCCCUGGGGGCCUUUGCUCGCCGCCCGCUCAUCGACAGUGCGGUGCACUGGAAGGCGCCGACAACGUUCAUCUACGGGGAGCAGGACAUCAUGGACCAUCGGGCAGGGCUUGCAGCGGCCAAGCAGAUGCCCGUGCCGGCCGAGGUCUUCAACGUGCAAGAGGCAGGGCUGGCAGCUGCCAAGCAGAUCCCUGUGCCGGCUGGGGUUUUCAACGUGCAAGAGUGCGGUGCACUGGAAGGCGCCAACCACAGGGCAGGGCUGGCAGCAGCCAAGCAGAUGCCCAUGACGGCAAAAGUGUUCAACGUGCGCGAGUACCAGUAA